UAAGUGAACGAGCAAGGACACAUCACCCCCGCCUUAAAUAUGCACCGAAUAGCAUCGUAAAGGCGAGGCUGUCGUAUUAGUCUAACCAGAGCGUUGCAAAGGGUUGCAUCGGUUAUUCCGGCCUGGCCAUCAUUCCUCCGAACCAAUUCAAGACCUCAAUCCUAAACACGUGGCUUCCUAAGUUAUCUACUACUACGGCAUCCAACAGGCUUGAAUUCAAGGAAUGGCAUCAUCCCAGUCACUACAUGUGAACCAUCGCAUGCAGCGUACAGCAACACUUUCUCGGCAAGUUCUGGAGCGAGCAAAAAAACGGAAAUUGUACUGGUGCCAUCCUUCUCAUCACCAAAGUAGGACCUUUCGGGGAGAGGUUGAUGUUCCUCUUGAAGUUGCUUUUGCUGCAGUUGCUGAACACUUGGCCUGUAUCUGUGCAGUUUGUGAGGAUUACUACUGUUCAAUACCACCAUUUCAGUUUGAUGAGAAUGAAAUUGAACAUAUUUUUCGCUACCACAGCAGGGAAGCAUCUCAAAACUUGCUAAGAGCAUUUGAAGAUGAGGAAAAGAAAAAUGCUCCAAUAGUGAAAAAGCAAAAUGUUCCAGGAGUGGAAAAGCCUGAGCGUCACAAAAUUACUUUAACUGAACCAACUGCUUUAAUUCCAGCUCAGCCAUCUGUAUCAGAAGAGAUCCUAAUUGACGUGUCACCUGGCUCAUACAUAAUCAAUACAACUUCAUAUGAUGACACAAUCAAAGAAGCACAUCUAGUAAAUGUUCAGCCAGGAAAAAGUGCCAAGUCUGGAGAAUCCACAAUCUUUGAGAUGAUACUUUAUGGCACUUCCAAGCAUCUUUUGCCAAUGUGAUCUACAAUAGAAGAAAAUAGAAGUCAGAAUUGUAUCCAGGAGGGAGGAGUACAAAAUUGGCCAAUUUUAGUUAUGGUGUAUAAUGGUUAUCUUGAUUAAAUAGGCUUUUGUGAGGGAGAGAUGUAUGAAAUAAUGCCCAGAGGGGGAGCUGGUGUGAAGGACUACAGUGAGGUGGCAGUUUCCCAGGAAGACAGGAGCACUUUCCAGAAAGGGGGGGGGGAUGAGACAGGUGGCAGCAUAGCCCUGAGAUGGAGAGGAAAAAGUUGGUAUAGCCACUCUCUAGAAUCUCCUAGGUAUAUCCAAAAGGAUUUAGGGUGGCAAGAUUUUGUCUGUUAUGUGUAAGCAAAGAAAACUGAAUUUUGGCUGAAUUGUUCCAUGCCAUUCUUGGGCUUAGCCUGACAAAAUGUUUAACUUGAUAUAAUGUAUAUAAUGUUUGUGACAUUAACUUUAUCCAUUUUUGUUAUCUAAAUAAGGG